AUGGAGCCAGCACCGCUUCGAAGACACACGCAGCGGGGCGCGUACGAUGUGGCAUCGGCCAAGGCCGUGUUUGACGACUGUUUUGUGGCCCAUGUGUCGUAUGUCGUCGACGGGGAGCCGGCCUGCAUGCCGAUGAUUGCGGUGAUGCUGGACGAUGUCGAAGUGGGGGAGGGAGAGACGCCAGGCAUGGCCGUGUAUCUGCAUGGACAUCCGAGCAGCAAGAUUAUGGAGCUGGUGCGACAGACCAGCCGAGAGAGAGAGUCAGGCGGGGACGAUGUUGGUGUGGUGAAGGUGUGCAUCACGGCUACGAAGAUCGACGGUCUCGUCCUCUCGUCCGCACCCAACGGCCACACGUUCAACUACCGCUCCGCCACUGUCCACGGCACCUGUCGGCCGGUGCGUGAUCGUGUUGCCAAGACGGCUGUCAUGCGUGCCGUCACCGACAAGAUCGUCGCCGGCCGGUGGGCCGAGGUGAACCCGGUGGCCUCGCUGCAGGUGAGCCUGGUCUAUGUCGUGCGCGUCAGCCUGGACCGGCUCUCGGUCAAGACGCGCGCCGGACUGCCGGGCAUCCAGCCACGGGACUACGUCGUCGACGGGCCCGACCUCGCGACGCCACCCUGGACCGGCGUCGUGCCGCUGUGGGAGCAGCUGGGCGAACCGGUGGCAAGCGGUCUGACGCCCGGGGCCGGCGCCCCGUCAGCAAGCCUGCGACAGUACAUUGACGAGCGCAACGCGCGGGAGCAGGAGCACGCGCAGAAAGCGGCCAUGGGAUAG